AUGAGCAAACAGAGAAUCCGGCUAGAAUCUUCGACGGGAUCAGAGUCAGAUGGAUCGGAAACAAGCCAGAGAUCCAUAAAGCGUGCUCGAGUGACAGUCGUGGAAGCGGACAGGGACGAUAGAAAAACAAAUCGAAGAACGACAAAAAGUCCACGUAUGGUUCAAGCAAAACCACCACAAGUCGCUCCACAGCAACCGCCAAAUCUGUCCGACUCUGAAGAGGAUAUUGAUGUCAACGCUCUAUUGGCACAAAUUGCGGAGAAUCAUUUCGAUAAUGGCACAGACGAGGCAACAGUGACAAGAAAUUUGACAGUCGAGCAAUUCAAUGACAAAUUUGCAAAAAUGACAAUUGCCACGAUUAUCGAUGCUGAUCCAUCCCGCAAAUGUGUAAUGGCUUCUCCCAAAGUGCAAAUGUUCAAAAAAUUUCUGUGUCGGAUUCCAAACGGAUGCAUCGAAGCGAAUAACGGGCAACGAUUUGGAUCCUGGCACCGAGACGCCGCCCUCGAAUAUCCCGGAAUUCCAACACGAAAAUUUUGUGAAAAGGACAUGAGUCAGUAUGGGACGGCUGAGAAAAACUGGUUGAUUCAAUCGAUAUAUUCUCAUCCAACAGCCCGAAAUCAGUUCUGGUUAUAUUAUGUGGGGUGGACGUGCAAGACAAUGUGCCUAGAAAAACUGAGUGCUUUCGACAGUACAGCCUCCGAAAUGAUAACACUCAUGAGACUUCGAAAUGAAUUUCUGUCAAGACUUAAAAGGACUCUGAAGACUCCGGAACUCAAAAGACUGGCGGACCGAGAAAAAUUUCUAGAUGAUACUAUCAAGACGAAUCCAGACCAUAUUUUUUGGCUCUACCAAGAUAUGUCCUUCUUCCACGCCAAAAUCCACCACAACGAAGGACUCGGACCAGUUCUCUAUAUGUGUCUGAGAGAGGAAAUGCAACUGCCGCCAAAAUACGCAUAUACGACAUUGAAUGUAAUGAACAUCGAGAUAUAUCAAAUCUGCGUCAAAAACAGUGUUGGUCGGCGUUUCACCUUUCUAAGGCUUGGAGUCGCUGGUCAAUUCACUGCAUGCGAGAAACCGGAUACUUGCCAAUGCAAUAUGAAGUUCGAAAAUUUGUUCGCUUCAUACACCGACUCGGACGGUACCGUCAUCCACCGAAAAAACCGUCAGCCGAACAAGGAGGGCAUUAUUGACAUGGAGGGAUUUGAGUAUGAAGAAGAACGGAUCAUUAUUGAGUGUUCCGAUGGUUGCGGAUGCUCGUACAAUUGCCCUCGUCGCCAGCUUCAACGUGGACAACAGAAAUUCCUAGUGAUUUUCUAUGAAGGAGAUCGAGGAUUUGGGAUUCGAGCUGGCGAGUUUAUCAAAAAAGGAGAAUUCAUUAUGGAGUAUGUUGGUGAGAUUUUGGCGUUGAAACAAGGAGACUAUCUCAAUCGUGACGUAUCGUAUGACGCCAAGUUGACUGUCUUCGACAACAACUUGGUGAUUUCUUCGGCUCGACUUGGAAACGUCGCUCGUUUUUGGGCCACGCUUGCCAGCCCAACGCCACAUUCAUCGAGGCAUACAGCCGGAAGUGCGAGACCGACCCUCUCUUCCCACGUAUCGGUGUCUACGCCACCAGCGACAUCAAAAUCGGGGAGGAGGUCACCAUCUCGUACUUCCACCCAAGCCAACUCCUCGGCACGACUGGCAUCAAGUGUAGUUGCCGUGAGGACUGCCCUAACUUCUUGCCAACCGCCGACGACGCCGAUGAGUGACCUGUUGCUCAUCUGCAAUUCUUCUCACUCCCUAUCAGGCCAAUAUAAUCAUAAUGUAUCAUAG